AUGUUGCUACUUAAUCAGCUACACCUACCAAGCUUAGUCGGUUGAACAAAAUGGCAACGUAUGGUGAUGAGCCAGUUGACAGCUAUUACUAUUCAUCUUGCAACCCUUACACGGGCAGAUACCACCGGCCCAAAAACGCCGGGUGGAAAUAUAAAAGUUACCUCUCCCAUUACGGGGACACUUCGGAUGCCUUCAACAACCUCCAGCGCGCGCAGCUCAAAUCCAUCUUAUCCCAAAUCAACCCAAAACUCACCCCGAGGCUUAUGAAGGCAAACACUAAAGAUGUGGCCGUGCAGGUGAACCCGAAGAAAGACGCCUCGGUGCAGUGCUCCAUCGGCCCGCGCACCCUCCUUUCCAUGAAGCUGGACUCGUGGCGCAGAAGACGGCAGCAGGAUCCCGCUGCGCCCGGGAGUCCCAAGACUGCGGGCAGUGUGCGCUACCCUCGCACCCUCGCUGUGUAUUCACCCAUCGCCUUCAGAAGCGUCACCUCCUUCCUGGCAGAAGACAACAACAACAACAACAACAACAACAACAAGGAAGCUUCCUGUGAUGAGGCGCAGACCAGAGAGCCGCCUGGAGACUCGCCCGAGUCCCCGGUGAAAAGCGACUUGAAGAAAAGCAAAGAAAAGCAGGCUGACACGGCUGGAAAGACCGCAAAGCUCCCAGACAAAGUGCCCAAGACAAAACAACAGGUAAAGAGUUCAGAGGAGCAGCCAACCACAGAGGGGUCAAAGGGCAAGGCGCGCGUGCGGUUCCAGUUUCUGGAACAGAAGUACGGAUAUUAUCACUGCAGAGAGUGCAAUCUGCGAUGGGAGAGCGCCUAUGUUUGGUGCGUUCAGGGCACAAACAAGGUUUACUUCAAACAGUACUGUAGGAAAUGCCAAAAAGAAUUCAACCCAUACCGUGUUGAGGACAUCACAUGUCACGCUUGCAAAAAAGCACGCUGUUCGUGUGCAAUAACGCAACGUCACGUCGACCCCAAGCGCCCCCACAGACAGGACCUUUGCGGCAGAUGCAAGGGCAAGCGGCUCUCCUGCGAAAGCACUUUCAGCUUCAAAUACAUCAUCUAGGAAGCAUCUCGACUGAACUCUGCUCUGAAAACACAUCAGUACAGUUAACGUCCUGUGAGGGUGCACCUUAACCCAGUGCCACUGUAUUUGCAGAUGCAAUAAUGGCAUUUUGGAUGCAAAACAUAUAUUUGAUGUUUCAAAACUUAAUUUUGUGCCUGUUUUGUGUUGAUUAAAUUAAUGGUAAGCACCACACAAUUUACAGAGUAAUAAAUGGCAAUCUUGCAUUCAGUA